AGCUACUUUAUAUUUACUUUAUAUUUACUUUAAUUCACUUUAUAUUUACUUCACUGCAGAUUAAAGCGCGAAUAAGCGCUCAGAAACACAGAAUCGUGAGUUGUGAGCUAACUGGGAGUUCAUUACUUCACUAACUAUACUUUCAGAUAUUUUUCAAACGUUUCUUUUUUAAACCCUGGAUAUAAAAUUGGAUAAAAAAGACCUUCAGUGAAAACUACAGGUGGUUUCUUCUUUCUCCUGAAACCAUGGCAGGUGUAACCAUGGACGCGGGCAGCUGGAGCGGCAGUGAGAGUGGCGGGGAGGAAAUGGAGAGGAUGAGCGACUCUAUGGAAAAGCACACGGACAACGAAGCGGAGGGAGUCUGGAGCCCCGACAUCGAGCAGAGCUUUCAGGAGGCGCUGGCCAUCUACCCACCCUGCGGCCGCAGGAAAAUCAUCCUGUCUGAUGAAGGAAAGAUGUACGGUCGCAAUGAACUGAUAGCCAGAUACAUCAAACUGAGAACUGGAAAGACAAGAACGAGAAAACAGGUUUCCAGUCACAUCCAGGUUCUCGCCCGGCGGAAGUCCAGAGAAAUUCAUUGUAAACUGAAGGAUCAAAGCGUGAAGGACAAAGCACUACAGGGCAUGUCUGCGGCUCAUAUCGUGUCGGCCACGGCCAUCCACAACAAGCUGGGGCUGGCAGGCCUCCCUCAGCCCAGCUUUACUGCAGCUCCAGGGUUUUGGCAGCUGCCGAUGGGCCAUCCAGGAUCCUCACAAGACAUUAAGCCAUUCAUACAGCAAGCGUACCCCAUCCAGACUGCUACAGCUAUAUCAGCCUACGAGCCCCCCAGAGCUCCUGCGGUCACUCCUCCAGCAUGGCAGGGGCGCUCCAUAGGGACCAGCAAACUGCGGCUCGUCGAAUUCUCUUCGUUUUUGGAGCAGGAAAAGGAUCCGGAGUCUUACAACAAACAUCUGUUUGUACACAUUGGGCAGACAGGCCACUCGUACAGCGACCCGCUGCUGGAAUCGGUGGAUAUCCAUCAGAUCUACGACAAGUUUCCUGAGAAGAAAGGAGGCCUUAAGGAGCUUUUUGCAAAAGGACCUCAAAACGCCUUCUACUUAGUCAAGUUCUGGGCGGAUCUAAACUGUAAUGUACAGGAUGAUUCGAGUGCUUUCUACGGUGUGACCAGUCAGUACGAGAGUUCUGAUAACAUGACUAUCACCUGCUCUACUAAAGUCUGCUCCUUCGGCAAACAGGUGGUGGAGAAAGUUGAGACGGAAUAUGCCCACUUCGAGAACGGCAGAUUUGUGUUCAAAAUAAAUCGCUCACCGUUGUGUGAGUACAUGAUCAAUUUCAUCCACAAGCUCAAACACCUGCCUGAGAAGUACAUGAUGAACAGCGUGCUGGAAAACUUCACUAUCCUACUGGUGGUGUCGAACAGAGAAACUCAGGAGACGCUGCUGUGUAUGGCCUGUGUGUUUGAGGUGUCGAACAGUGAACAUGGCGCUCAGCAUCACAUCUACAGACUGGUUAAAGAAUGAAACACCUCUCCAAUCCCUCACUCAAUAAAAACACUGAGCCUGCUGCCCUGCUGGUCAGAGAAAACCACAGAGACCCGGCGUGUCUUCAGUGGAUUCAGGAUGAGCUGCACUGCUGACCGGCUCCAGGAGAUCUUAAAAAUUGUGAACUUUUUAGAUAUGGCUGUGCCUCUGUGAAAACAAUAACCCAUCCAGGUGGAUGAGGACAAUUAUUAUUUACAUCUGAUACUGUAGUCCUAAAUGCUCUGUAUUUUCUGAAUCCACACGGGUGUGAGGGACGGUUAGACAGAGGUACGUUUGUUAUUUUUACAUUUGAUAUCUAUACUUCUUUUCUAUUCUCUUAUGAAGAACACUGUGUAUUUUAUAAUAGAACAUGCCAUACUACUUAUUAUAAAUGAAACAGAAAAUGG